AAAUUCAUCAUGAAGAAAAAUAAAUCUACUACGGAUGUGGAUAAGCCACCCUCACGAUGGAAAAGAAUAAAAGAAAAUCCAGAAAGCUUUCUACAUAAACUAUUCCUUAGUAGAACCAAGAAUCAUCGCUGUCUGAAAGGAAUUUUCGGCAUAUUAUGGGGCCUGCUUUGUGCGGGCAUAUUUUACGUUCUCAUCACAUUUAGCUUUGGUUACAGCUAUAUUGUGUCUGGUUGGAUUACAAUAGGAAUCACCCUGGUAAUGUGCAUAGGUCUGGCGGUCUCCACUCACUUCCGAUGUGUCGUGAUUUUAAUGGUUCCAACGUUAUGCACUGGACGGGGAAGGGUAGCCAUAAUGGCUACCAUUUUCGGCAUCAUGCUGUCUGGUCCAGUGAUGAACAUCUCGCACAACGCCAACCAAGUGUCUAUCAGUAUGGCGUGUACGUCCGAACUGAUUUAUAACCAAAGUCAGCUUCUCCGAGGGCAGUUAGAGGAACCAAUCAUACAAAUUGCUAGACAAAUUAAGAAUUCAUUAGAAAACUUGCAAGAAGCAGGUCAGGGUUUACAAAAGGUUAUCGACCCUAUUAGAGAUCGAGUCGAAGAGUUCAACGGCAAGGUGAAACAGGCGGCAGCUCGUCUAAAAGAGGCUGCAAAGGAAUGCAGCGAAGGUGUUAAUGAAGUCUAUCAAAAAUGUGUUGACGGAAUAAAUAAAGCCAGAAGUGAUUGUGAAAAUGAGUUAGGCGUUAUCGACGAUUUCGGUAACGACGUCAAGGACACUUUUGACACGAUAGGAGGCGUGGUCAAAGGCGGUAUUGGUGCCAUUGGAGACGUGUUUGGAAAGAGACGCAGAAAGAGGGCAUGUGAUUGGUCAGUGCCAUGGCAACAUAUUUACCGUCCGAUGACGUGCUCCCAGAAAAGAAGGCAUAAACGGUUUGCUACCGCCGUGUGCAAAAUACUUGAUGUAUCCGAUGUAUGUGAUGUCGUCAAACCAGGGCAACUUUUCUGCAAUGUCUUGACCAACUUGCAAGGUGUCACGGAUGUAGCAUUGGAGGAAAUACGUGAUAUCAUAUUUACACUUACUGACUUUUUCGAAUUUGGUGUAAGUUCAAAUGCCGAUCUGGAUGGAAAGAUCAACUCCUCCCAAAAUGCAGCACACAUCAUAGCGAAUGUUCGCGCCGACAUCGAGGCAAGGACCCAGUUCAUCAACGACAUAAUCACAGUUAUAAAAUACAUUCUAGCAUUCCCUCUAUUGUUCCUUUUCAUUCGAUCGGCGUUAUACGUCAAGAAAUAUCGUAAAAAGGACCACUUUGACAACAAAUACAUAUCCACGCAGUUUAAAAAGUAUGACGAUAGACGAAAACAACAAGGGAAGAAGUCAGUUUUACCUCUGAAAAAGGUAGAAAAGAGAAAGUACAUUGACACGAGGUCAAUUCUUCUCUCCUCUGCAGAAUUGCAGUUGGUAAGAUCGGGUGCUAUCUCUGUUACUCUUCAAUUGCUGAUAACAAUUGUGACUGUUAUAGCUGACUAUGUUCUCUAUUAUAUUCUCAGCAUCAUGCAAAGAUUUGGCAAGAUCAACGUUAGCAUUUCAGGGGACAGCAACGUUUCCCUGAAUGUCAUGGGGAGUGGAUUUAUUGCAAAAAUGAUAGAAAGUGUGUUAGCGGUUCUUGAAAUCGAAACUGUAUUUGACGUUGAUUUUAACAUUACUCAAUGCUUACCUGACCCGAACAUUCCAGACGUGCAGACCAACUUUGUGCUUUCUGGUUUAUAUUUAGUUGCAUUUGUCUUUAUUUUCACACAAGCAUAUGGAUUGCGCAUGCGUAGCAAGAUUGCUGCCUAUUUUUAUCCACAACAGGAAAAAGAACGUAUCAAAUACCUGCAUGAAAAAAUUACUCUUAAACGUGCAUCCAAACUUAUGUGGUGUGCUAAAAACCUGAAAUCUCGACGAAAGGGCAACUCUCUCUUGUCUCAAGUUCCCUUUAUGUUAUGUGUCUUAGAUCACAUCCCAGGGACAUGCAGUUGUAAGCCAAAAGGGGAGACCACAUGUCUAGUUUGUCAGGAGGAAUUCAACGGAGUGUCAGAAUUCCAUAUCUGUUCCACCCCUGGAUGCGAUGGUGUUUACUGCCUCGAAUGCUUCCUGGAAAUGAAUAAAAAAUGUGCUGUAUGUACCCGCACAGCCAAAAGUGUGACGCGUGGAGCGGUCAGUAUUUUCAGAAGGCCGCGGAAAUAUUGACGCGAAUAAAGUGUUUCAUUUUGUCAAAUCUCACGUGUUUCUUUACCAAGCUGUGCUUUGCACAUUAAUUGACGAUUGUAUUGUCGCACAUAUUCAGAUUUAAAGUAUUACAUCCGGUAUCGUACCACCGGUUCGUGAUAUCCGCGGAUAAUUCACACGAGGUGACGAGGUAUGUCGCGCGGUGUGAUGAAAUAUAUAGGUGUAUGUGUACAACGGCGGAAUAUUGGACUUCUAUGUACGCUAAAUAUCAUGUAUAUUUUUGUGUAUGUUUUGAAUCGUCAAACUUUUCAAAGGAAAUAACAAAGUUUUAACUCAACUCUACCAUCCUCGCAUAGUAUCUUUACUUGUAUAGAAAAUAUAAAUAUUGAAAUAGAUUUGUAUAUCUUGUAUUGUGUGAAUAAUCUAACUUCAUAUAAACUGUAGAUUAAAUUUCACAAAGAUCUAGAUGAAAUUCAAAAUCUAAAAACUGAUACAUUUUCGCAAAGUAAUAAUUGUUUGUAUGGGGUACCGUUAUACAUUGGAUGGGACUUGUACUGUAAUAUGAUAAAGAAAUAUAUAUUGUACAAAUUUUAAAGCAAUCGUAUAUCAUCUGAUAAUAUCUUAUGUGUUUUACAUCUUAAAUGGAGUUAAUAUGAGGUAUGUUUUGAUCAAAUAUCUUAUUUGUCAAAAUAUCUCAAAAAUGAUACAAGAUACUGUCGAAACUCGUUAUCUCGAAAUUCAAGGGGCCGUUGAAAAAAUUUCGACUUAUCCGUAUUUCGACUCAAACAAAGUGUAUAAAUAAGAUUGACGAUAUCAGUUUCCUGGUGUUGAUUAUGGUUGAACGAAGUAGGGCUACGAUAGCACGCAAACAGCGUAGUUCAGUCUGAUAUUGGCAGUAAAUAAAUAAAUCAUUUAUCCUA